AUGGCUCAUAAAGAUGGCGACCCAUUGGAAAGAUUAGUGGAGUCCUUCCGUACUCUGCUCGAUGACACCGUCGUAGUUGCUAUUGCAGGCGACUACGACCUGGACACCUUUUUCGGAUACAAGGCAGCAGAGGAUACGCUCAAAGACUUGUCGCAGAAUGUGGUAUUCGAAGAGGCAACAGGGUUCGAUCCGAGUGGCCAUGGGUACGAUGGCGCGGAGGAAGAGAUGGACCCCUCUCGCGACGAUGACCUGAGCACCUCUACGACGAGCGCCAGUCGUCAGGCCUCCCGUGCCAGGAGGACGACGGUGUCGUCGAGUACCGACACAUCAUCCACCCCGGCCGAUUCGGCCUCGGCCGUCCCGAGGCUCACUACCUUCAACGACUACAGCGACAAGUUCAAGUUCGUCAUCCUGUGGGACAUGUUUAGUGAACUCAAAGAAUACGAUGUAAAACAUGCCCUGAAGAAGGCAAACGGGGAUUUCCAGUCGGCACUGGAUGACCUGCUCAAUAUCCAGUUUCUGCAGUCGACCGGGCAGCAGCAACGAGGCAUAGACGCCUUUUUCCAGCCCGACGAUACGACGGCCGGUCCGGCCAAAGGGAAGAAGAAGAAGAGUAAGAAGGGAAAAAGGCCAAUCUCAAAUACGCCAGAGUCUGCCGUCGACUCAACUAGCAAAGAAGUCCUUGAGAAGAGCCAGGCCAAGGAACUUAAGCACCAAGAUGAGAUUUCCUUUCUUUCAGACCGGAUGAACAUGCCGUUUGAUGAGGUCCUCAAAGUAUACUACCGCAGAAAGUGCUCCGCUGGGGCGGCCGCUGCCGAGAUCAUAGAUACAUACAUUUCCCUAGGCAUCACAUCCGAAGAUGAGCAGGCGAGGGAGCAAGUCAAGAAGUUGAGCGCAGAAUACUCCAACGUCCCGGAAAGUCACCUGUCCACUCUCCUUCAAAUCACCGGCAACCCGCUGUCGUGCAACGAGAUAGCCGCUCUCCUGAGCAGAUACUUUAUCAAGAACCCGUGGACUCAGCGCCUCGACCUAAGCCACCGCAUCACUCCCUUGCCAGACGAGGACCUAGAAGGCCCAAUGGGGCCACUGUCGCCGGCCAGCAACAGCGACGCACGGAUCUCGAUCUCUGGCAAAGCUGGCAGAGCAGCAGCAGUAGCAGCAAAGCCCUCGAGAUCUGCCGCCAGCCCGGCCGACCUGGAAAGCACUAUAGGCCGCAUCAGCAUCUCCCACCAAGCGAAGCGCGAAGCAUCCGCCUAUGCGUCGCAGCUAUACCGUCGCGGAGCCUCCAACUCUCUAUAUAGGCAAGCGGCCAUCGUUUACCGCGAGCGCGCCGUAGAGCACACCAACAACGCGCACCAGCUGACCUCUGCAGCGGCCGAUCUCCUGGUUAGGCAGACAAGUACCAAGACGUCCAUCGACCUGCACGGCGUGACGGUACGUGACGGUACGCGCAUAGCGCGGGAAAAGGCGCGCCAGUGGUGGGAUGAGCUGGGCGAAUUCCGCUCCAGGAGGGCCCAAGAGCAGCCGCUCACCAUCAUCACCGGUAUCGGAAAGCAUACCGCCAGCGGAGUGUCACAACUCAGACAGGCCGUUGCGGCGACGCUUCUCCGGGACGGGUGGAAAAUGCGUGUUGAGACGGGCAGAUUUGUCCUGACUGGACGACGAUGA